AUGGCUGUGGACGCUGCCAAGGCAACCGACGUCACGUCAGACUAUUCCAAUGGCGUCAAAGAUCGCUCUCGCGAUGUCGCCUGGUACCAGGCCACCCUGAGCCGAGUUCCCCGGAUCGCAAGAGAGGUAUUGCAGGAGUACUCGAAAGUGCCCGAGAACCAAUUGCUCGAGCAUAUCUACCGGGUUCGGGACCAGGCCUGGGAUGUUAUGCCAUUCCCAUGUAUUGGGGUCUUCAGAUUCCUGGACUUCCCUGCCUGCCUAUCGCCCGUCUAUCCCGAGGUGCUCUCGCGCGUCCGCAACGGCGAGACGUUCCUGGACUUGGGCUGCUGCUUUGGUCAGGACAUCCGGAAGCUGGUUCACGAUGGCGCUCCGUCGCACAAUUUGAUCGGAGUUGAUCUGGAGCCGAGGUUUCUGGAGCUGGGCUACGAGCUCUUCCGUGACCGUGAUACGCUCCGCGCCAGGUUCCAGGCCGCAGACGUGUUCGAUCCGAACUUUUUGGCUGACUUGGCAGGAAAGGUCGACAUCAUAUUUGUCGGCUCUUUCCUGCAUCUCUUCGACUUCGAUCAGCAGAAAGCCAUAGUGGCCCAUUUCGGGAAGCUGCUGCGGCCGAGAGCUGGAUCACUUGUCUUUGGGCGCCACAGGGCGACGGCCAACGAGGGUGGCAUUACCAAAGCGAAUGCCCUUGGAUGGACUUUAUUUCAUCAUUCAGAAGAGACCAUGAAACAACUGUGGGCAGAGGCCCCCGUAGGCAAAUGGGAGGUGGCCUCCAACCUUGUGCCAUAUCAGUCCGAGGGGUGGACCAAGUCCACCGAGUGGCAGGGCGGCGACGUGGUGAUGCAGCAGUACUUCUCAGCCAAGUGGCAACCUUGA